AUGGAGUCUCAGAAGGAAUGCAUUAGACCAGAAGUCCCUCCUAGUAGUCCCGUCCUCGUCGAAAGAACCCUAUCAGUCAAGAUAGUUUACAAUUACACCGAACAACUCCUCUCCCUCGCUUUCAACGAAGACAUCAUCGCUAGUCUAAAAAAGAAAGCCCACGAACUCUUCGGACUCUCCUGCAUUCGCCUCGAGAUAGACCAUAAACCACUCACCAGUCCAUCCCAACUCCUCUCAGCCCCUCUUCCUUCCGUCCUAGUCCUAGGCAUCCGCCGCAAAUGCUCGCACUCUUCCUGUACUAACCCCAUUCUUACCUCUUCCCUCGCCUGUAAGUACUGCACUAAAGCCUUCUGUGCUAAACACUCAGUCCCAGAAGAACAUCUUUGUGAUAGUCUUGAUAGAUGCCGUGAAGCAGCUGCCCAGGAUAACUCAGAAAGACUACUUAGUGGCGCUAAAACCCGGCGUUGA